CUCUUUCCAGGCACCAUGUCGCUUUCUGUUCGUGCAGCAACAGGACCCCUUCAAUUCUCUUCCCGGAGUGGAUAUGGUGGAGGUUCUGUUAGGCUGUCUAGUACUAGCAGUGCAGGGAGCUUUGGGGGUGGAUUUGGUGGUGGGCCUCUGCUCAACUUUGGUGGUGGUGGAUAUGGCGGAGGACUAGGCGCUGGAUAUGGUGGAGGAUUGGGUGCUGGAUAUGGUGGAGGACUGGGUGGCGGAUAUGGUGGAGGGGGCUUUAGUGGAGGUUCAGGUGCUGGCUUCGGAGGGGGCUAUGGAAGCGGUGGAGGUGGAGAAAGUAGCCUUUUAUCUGGCACUGAAAAGGAAACUAUGCAGAACCUGAAUGAUCGUCUGGCUGCCUACCUGGACAGAGUGCAUUCGCUGGAGGAAGCCAAUACUGAGCUGGAACGCAAGAUCCGUGAGUGGUAUGAAAAAAAUGGCCCAGGGACUGGUGCCUUAGGGGCUGGACGAGACUACAGUAAAUACUACCCUGUUAUUGAAGAUCUCAGGAAUAAGAUCAUCAAUGCAACUAUUGAAAAUGCCCGGAUAGUUCUUCAAAUUGAUAAUGCAAGACUGGCAGCUGAUGAUUUCAGGCUGAAGUUUGAGAAUGAGGUGGCCCUUCGUCAAAGUGUUGAGGCUGACAUCAAUGGACUACGCCGAGUCCUGGAUGAGCUGACUUUGACCAGAGCUGAUUUGGAGAUGCAGAUUGAAACUCUGAAUGAGGAACUGGCCUACCUCAAGAAGAACCAUGAGGAAGAACUUAUUGGAUUCCAAAGUAAUGCCACUGGACAAGUUAGUGUGGAAAUGGAUGCUGCACCAGGGGUUGAUUUGACCAAACUCCUGAAUGAGAUGAGAGCACAGUAUGAGUCUAUUGCAGAACAACAUCGGAAAGAGGCUGAAGCCUGGUUCAAUGAAAAGAGUGGGGAGCUGAAGAGAGAAAUUUCUACACACUCUGAGCAGCUUCAAUAUGGAAAGAGUGAACUCACAGACUUGAAACGGACUUUGCAAAGCCUGGAAAUUGAGCUGCAAUCUCAACUUGCUUUGAAAAAAUCCCUUGAAGACACUCUUGCUGAAACAGAAGCUGGCUACUGUACCCAACUUGCUCAAAUGCAGCUUCAGAUUGGAAAUGUGGAAUCCCAGCUUUUCCAGGUCCGAGCUGACAUGGAACGACAAAAUGCAGAGUACCAGAAUCUUAUGGAUAUAAAGACCCGACUGGAGAUGGAGAUUGAAACUUACCGACGCCUACUGGAUGGAGAGAUUGGCUCAUUUGAAAGUGCUUCUGUGACCAGUGCCAAGUCAGUGGAUUCCAGCCGUGAUCCAAACAAAACCAGAAAGAUCAAGACAAUUGUCGAAGAGGUGGUAGAUGGCAAAGUAGUUUCAUCCAAAGUUAAAGAAGUGGAGGAGAAAAUAUGAGGAAUUUUAAAACAUCAAAUAAUCAUUCUGCAAAUUCAAGGAAUCAUUAGAUUUACUUCAUCCUCUCCUUUUCUCUGAAGAACAAAACAUGCAAAAUAUAAUUUCUAGAAUUUCUCUCUAGUUAAAUGAUUCAAUAAAUGCUAUUUCAACUUA